AUGCGCGAUGAUCCAAGACUUCGCACCAUUCCUAUGGCUGUUGGAUCCAUGGCCAUGUUGGUUUGGUGUAAGAGCAGCAAUGCCUGGGUUCAUUGCGAGGAAAUUAUGCCCUCAACUAGAAAUUGUCCAUGGGAACUAUGGAAAGUACAAGAAGGAAAGUGGGGUGAGAAGCCAAGCUGCACAUUGUUACUCAUUUUCAGCAUGUAUUUCUUUUUGUUCGGACUCCUACUGACUUACAUCAGCAAAUGGGUGAUAAAUCCCUUUUUAUCAUUAGGAGUGUGCAGUCAUUUAAUAGGCUCAUUUGAACAUCGUUACGAGCCCUUCUUGGACCAAUCUGUUGUUGAGUCCAUCUUUGCUGAAUACGAUGAGGACUUGUCCAUGGGUUCCUUGGAUGAGGCAUACAUUGAUCUUACUGCCUAUGUUAGCUCCAGAACAGAACCAAAAAAACUUGUGCGUCGUCAGUACGGAGGAGAAUGCAUCUGCAAAUUACCGCUUAUUGCUGAAGAAGAAACUACUCCUUCGUCUGUGGAGAAAUGCGCCAAAUGUGGAAAGGAGCGAAAAAUCUUUGAAGACGAAGUGGAGUUUGGAACAACUCGAGCAGAGGUUGUGCGAGAAAUCCGUUUUCGGGUCGAACAGGCAACCGGUCUCACGUGCAGUGCUGGCAUAGCUCCAAACUUCAAGUUGGCUAAAAUUUGUUCUGAUAUGAAUAAACCAAAUGGUCAAUAUGAGCUCGAAAACAGCUACGAAGCUGUAAUGGAAUUUCUACACCCGUUGCCAAUUCGAAAGGUAGGAGGAAUAGGAAGAGUAUCAGAGGCUCUACUGAAUGCAUGCGAUAUACGAACUGUGGGUGAACUUUUAGAGCGACGAGCAGCUCUCACAUUUUCCUUCUCUCCGCUUGCACAGGAGUCAUUCCUGCGCAUAGCACUUGGCUUACCUGGCCGACCUUCUGCAUCUGAUCCUCGAAGGAAGAGUAUCUCAACCGAACGCACUUUCACACCAACGUCGGAUCGAGAUGCCCUUCUUGAGAUGUUAAAGCAUGUCUGUGAAAUGUUGGCUGAAGAUAUGCCUAAAGCAAGCGUUGUGGCAAAAACUUUGGAAGGUUUCGAAUGGGCAUUCAGGCAUGGCAAGAACUGUGUAAUACCGAGCACGAAAUAUCUGCUUGAGCUGGUUGAUGAUCGCCUGACAUCCCAGUUGUCAAAUUUAUUUUGUUUGAGUACAAUAGCUGUAAUGGAAUCCAAUAUACUAGCGAUAGCUAGCGAGACACUAGACCGUGAAUUACCUAACGAGAUUCGCCUGUUGGGUGUACGUCUGAGUAAUUUACAGUUCACUGAUGAUCGGCAUUCUGAUACCACUAUAUCGGUGAGUGAUGCAUCUAAGCCCUGUCAGACAUAG